GAGAAUCAGUGACGUGGCAGGCGCGGCCAAGCACGGUCCUUCGGGCCGGGACACCCGGAGCAGUCAGGUGGCUUCUGGGCAGCCCCACAGGGAGAGAAGAGCUCACCGGCGGCGACAGCGGCGGCGGAGGGGGGAGAGGCCGGAGCCGGAAGUGCCACGUGUCCCGAUUGCGCCUGCGCGGCCGGCGGCUGACAGGCAGUUCCGGCUGGGGCCUCCCUCGGUCUCUCUCCGCUCGGCUGCUUCCUCCCAGCCCGGCGUUCCCGGCCCGGCCGGCACGACUCUCGAGCCUCAGCACCCAGGCCAGGCCAUGGCCGCCGGCGGGCUGGGGAGACUGUGGCGCCAUGCCUAGGGCUUUAUGCGCCUCCGGCUCUCUCUCCCUGCACCAGCCCUAAGUCGUUGGCCCCCUCCCUCCGCUUCCAGCAGUGGUCUUUCGGGUCGGCUUGGCGCUGUCGCAGACCCCGACCAGCCCCUUCCAGUCCCGACGAACACCGUCGUCAUGUCCCAGCCCGGGAUACCGGCCUCCGGCGCCGCCCCCACGGGCCUCCAGGCCCAGAACGGGGCCGCCCCAGCCUCGGGGUCUCAUUACAGCAACGGUCCUGUCCAAAAUGCACUGAUGUCUUCACAAGUAUCGGUGAGCCAAGGAUAUAAUUCCCAGCUUCCAGGAUCCUACCCUCAUCUAAUACCAGCAAAGACUUUGAAUCCAGUCCCUGAACAGUCUAACUCUGGUGGUUCCCAGACUCUUUCUCCAUUAAGCAGUUAUCAGGGACCUGGACAGACUCUUUAUAGACCACCUGUGGCUUCUAAUCCAGUGACACCUUCGCUCCAUAGUGGUUCUGUUUCCCGAUUGCCACCACCUACUUCUCAGAACCCAGCUGCUACACCAAUGCCUUCUGGGAGCUUUCCUCCUGGAGCCAACAUACCACCACCUUUGAAUUGGCAGUAUAACUAUUCACCACAGACAAACCAUUAUCCUCGUGCAUCAUCCCAGCCAGCUAUGUCGGGGAAUACAAAUUUGACAAAUCAUCAGUAUGUUUCUUCUGCAGAUACUUCACUUCAAAACAACUUCAUAAAAUCAGGGUCUACACCACCCUUAGUGAGUCCACCUCUACCUACUACUUUUCAACCAGGAGCUCCUCUUGGACCCCCUCCAACUGGAGGACCACCUCCAGUCAGGGCCCUUCCUCCUCAGAAAUCAACACUUAGAGCUGUGCCUCAGCCCUCAUUUAAUUCAGCUAGCAAGCAAGAAGCAACCCCACAGCCUACUAAUAAGAAUCCCACAGUGAGCCGAAGUGUUGGAUAUUCAUAUCCCUCCUUACCACCUGGCUAUCAGCACACCACACCACCUAGUAUGGCAGGAAUGCCACCCUCCUCCUUCAGUUACCCAAGUGGCCCACAGGCUUUUACUCAGACUCCCUUAGGUGCUAAUCAUUUAACUGCAAGCAUGAGUGGAUUAAGUCUUCAUCCAGAGGGGCUAAGAGUUGUCAAUCUUCUUCAAGAAAGAAACAUGCUUCCAUCAACACCUUUGCAGCCUCCGGUUCCAAAUUUGCAUGAAGAUAUCCAGAAACUCAACUGUAACCCAGAGUUAUUUCGAUGCACACUAACUGGCAUUCCUCAGACUCAGGCCUUACUGAAUAAAGCCAAACUUCCUUUGGGACUGCUGCUUCAUCCUUUCAAAGACCUAGUGCAAUUGCCUGUGGUUACCUCUAGUACAAUUGUGAGAUGCCGUUCAUGCAGGACAUACAUCAACCCUUUUGUCAGCUUUCUUGAUCAAAGGAGAUGGAAAUGUAACUUAUGUUACCGAGUCAAUGAUGUUCCUGAAGAAUUCAUGUACAACCCUUUGACCAGAGUCUAUGGAGAACCUCACAGAAGACCUGAAGUUCAGAAUGCUACUAUUGAGUUUAUGGCUCCUUCAGAAUACAUGUUACGGCCACCUCAGCCUCCAGUGUACCUCUUUGUAUUUGACGUGUCUCACAAUGCAGUUGAAACUGGAUACUUGAAUUCAGUUUGCCAGAGUUUGUUAGACAAUCUGGAUUUGCUUCCUGGCAACACUAGGACAAAAAUUGGCUUCAUAACAUUUGAUAGUACAAUCCACUUCUACAGUCUUCAAGAAGGUCUCUCCCAACCUCAGAUGCUAAUAGUUUCAGAUAUUGAAGAUGUUUUUAUACCUAUGCCAGAGAACUUACUAGUAAAUUUGAAUGAAAGUAAAGAGCUCGUCCAAGAUUUACUGAAAACUUUGCCGCAGAUGUUCACCAAGACCCUGGAGACCCAGAGUGCCUUGGGUCCAGCACUUCAGGCGGCCUAUAAGCUGAUGUCCCCAACUGGUGGUCGGAUGUCUGUCUUUCAAACACAGCUCCCAACUCUUGGAGUGGGAGCCCUGAAACCACGAGAAGAACCCAACCAAAGGUCAUCUGCUAAGGAAAUUCACUUGACACCAUCAACUGACUUCUAUAAGAAAUUAGCCUUGGACUGUUCUGGUCAGCAGGUAGCUGUUGACUUAUUCCUUCUCAGUGGGCAGUAUUCCGAUUUGGCUUCUCUAGGUUGUAUUUCCCGGUAUUCAGCAGGUAGUGUCUAUUACUAUCCGUCUUACCACCAUCAGCACAACCCAGUGCAAGUACAGAAGUUACAGAAGGAACUACAUCGAUACCUCACUCGGAAGAUUGGCUUUGAGGCAGUCAUGAGAAUUCGGUGCACCAAAGGUCUUUCCAUUCAUACUUUCCAUGGGAACUUUUUUGUUCGGUCAACAGACUUACUGUCUUUGCCUAAUGUUAACCCAGAUGCUGGGUAUGCAGUACAGAUGUCAGUGGAAGAGAGUCUUACUGACACUCAGUUGGUUUCCUUUCAGUCAGCGCUCUUGUAUACAUCCAGCAAAGGUGAAAGAAGAAUUCGAGUUCAUACUUUGUGUUUGCCAGUAGUUUCAACUCUGAAUGAAGUCUUUCUUGGAGCUGAUGUUCAAGCAAUUUCAGGGUUAUUAGCCAACAUGGCUGUUGACAGGUCUGUGACUGCCAGCCUGAGUGAUGCUCGGGAUGCCCUAGUGAAUGCCGUCAUAGACUCUCUUUCAGCUUAUCGGUCUUCAGUCCUAAGCAACCAGCAGCCUGGACUCAUGGUUCCUUUUUCUUUGCGGCUUUUCCCACUGUUUGUGUUGGCUCUCCUUAAACAGAAGUCAUUUCAGACUGGGACAAAUGCACGUCUGGAUGAGCGAAUUUUUGCUAUGUGUCAGGUGAAAAAUCAGCCCUUGGUUUACCUUAUGCUUACCACUCAUCCCAAUUUGUAUAGAGUUGACAAUCUCUCAGAUGAGGGAGCAAUCAACAUCAAUGAUCGCACUAUACCUCAGCCGCCUAUUCUUCAGCUUUCAGUGGAGAAGCUGAGCAGGGAUGGAGCUUUCCUCAUGGAUGCUGGCUCUGUACUAAUGCUGUGGGUUGGAAGAAAUUGUGGACACACUUUUCUCAGCCAAGUUCUAGGAGUUGAAAACUAUGCAUUAAUUCCACAGACUAUGACAGACCUUCCAGAACUUGAUACACCAGAAUCCGCUAGAACAAUAGCUUUCAUCUCCUGGCUUAGAGAGCAGAGACCGUUUUACCCAAUACUUUAUGUAAUAAGGGAUGAGAGUCCAAUGAAAACGAACUUCCUUCAAAACAUGGUGGAAGACAGAACAGAAUCUGCAUUAUCAUACUAUGAAUUCCUCUUGCAUAUACAACAGCAAGUAAAUAAAUGAAGAUUACUUGACUUAGUAAUUUCUAAGGAAAGUCGCGAUAAUGUGGAACACCUGAAAAUGUGUAGUGCCCUCCUUUCCUAUUAAGUUUGCGGACUGAUGUGAUGAUUAUAUGUUCUCACUGUGAUUUCAACAAGCUAUAGCAAAUAAAGGACCACAGCAGAGAAUCAAACAUGCAACUCUGAAAUACUGUAUUUUUCAAAUCAAAAUACAUCUGCAUAUGAUUGGAUACCUUUUUUCCUUUGCUGCCAAUUAUGUUUCAGUUGUUAAGGACUGAAAUAAGACAAUAUCACAAAGUACAGUUUGUAAAAUAAAGACGUGUGUGUUCCAAGUGUAUAUUUCUCUUUUUUCCUGAAUUUUUGGCUGCUACAUUUAAAACCUCACAAGACUAAAUGUUGCAGGGAAAUUACAAAUCUAUUGAUAAUGGUCUUUUUAAAAUCAAAAAAUUUCUUAAGUUAACUAAAUGUAGAAAAACUAGAGUCCAUCCCCCACAGCUUUUUUGUUUUUUAAGGAAGAAACGGGAUCAUCAUGUUAGCUAAAACUCUAGCGUAGCUUGAGAGAAUAUGAAGUGAUACAGUCAAGCUUUAAAAUCUGUCAGUAUUCUCUAUACUUGAAGAACAAAGUCACUGAAGUGAAAACUAUGAAUAAGUGGUUUUCUGCUUGGUUGGACGACUUGGUUGGACACUAUCUUAUUCUGCAGUGAAAGGAAUCUGAGCUCUCCUCAUAAAUACAUUGGGACUGGGACUGGCAAUGAUGAUAGGGAGAUGAGAAACUUAUUUUGAUCCUUUAAGUGGGUUUUAUUUGGUACAUUUCUGCUCUGUGAUAUCUAAUAAAAGCAUUAUAUUGGUGAAAUGAGUAUGAAUGAAAGAAAUGGUGUCUCAAAUGCAUCAGUAACAUUUUUCUAAGAAAUUUAAUAAUUAAAUUGGAAGCCACUCAUAAGAUAUUUAUUCUUGGAUAUUAAAACGUACUGAAGCAUGAAUGCUUCUGUUUGAUUUAGUGGAUAUUAUGUAAAUCCACAAUAUGGAAGUUAUGAAAGAAACUUGGUUUCUGAACAUGCUCAAAAACUGCUUUUUUGAUUCGGCCAGAAAAACAUUAUAGUCAAAACUCUUGAGUGAAUUUUGUUUACAGAUAGGUAAAUUACACAUUUGUAUAUUUAAAGUGCUGUGAUAGAAUAUCUUUAAAGAGUUUGGCCCAGUUUUCACAGAUUCAUUUGUCUUGUUUGAACUUCUUAAAGUAAACGUUGUUCAUGAGUAAUACUUGCUGAAUAAAUUUUUGGUUUUUUGUUUUAAUGGGUUAGAAAAAAUGUGUUUACAAUCUUGAUUUCAUAUGAUCACCAAUGAAAUAGUAACUUUCAGGUUUACAUCAGUAUGAGCUGACUUUAACUGAAUUGUUUUGGGAUAGGGAAAUACAGGUCCCACGAGUAUAUACACUACUGCUUACCAGGCAGAUCAGAAUAAUUGUGUUCUAUAAAAAUACUAUCUCCCUUAAGCAGUGUUAAGGUUUAUUUUCAGUAUACUAGUGGUACAAUGAACUGGAAAUUUUCUUGAAAGCUGCUUCAUUGUUAGGAAGCAGUUUUCAAACUGGGGAUAAUUAGAAUGCAUUUAUAUUUUUCCCUCUUCUAAAGAAACAGAGAGUCCUUAUUAUGCACUGUUGCUUUGUAUAAAAUAAAAUUCUGUUCAUAAUGUGAAUUUUAAAUGUUGAUAUGCUAGUCCUUUUUUGAUAGUAGUAAAGAAUCUUCCAGAGGGAAAAGUUUGUGCUUCUAGGGACAAUAAUCUUUGUGCCUCACUUCAUCCCUAAGUGGGUAUGACUCUUCUUAUUACCAUAUGCUUUGUUAGUAUAUUUUACAAAUUUGCUUUAAAAAAUUAUUUUAGAUAUUGUGUAACAUGUGCAAUCAGAAUAAUUUUAUAAUAGCCAGGUCAUAAAAAGACAUUACUUUAGUACAGAUUCACUAUAUUUGUUCUCCCAGUAAUGAGAGAAUGAAUGAACCUUUUGGAGAUACUGAUAUUAAGCAAUUGUUUUUUGCAAUAUUGAAUGUGUUUUUUAGUUUAGUUUGUUUUUUUUCUCCAGUAGGGCACUACCUGCUAUCUCAUCUUGUAUUACUUUUUGACAUAAAGCAACUAAUCUUUACAGUAUGCCAUAUUUUUUUUAUUGUAGUUGUAAAUUAUGAAAGAUCCUUGAAUUUUCUAUAGAUCUACAACUACUAAAGUAACUGACAAGGGCAAUCUUGGUAUUUAAAUCUGAGCAUGGCAAUUCUACCAUAAAAAGUACUCUAUUUUUCUAAUUUCUAGGAUUUUUAAAAUAACAUUUCUCUGUCUGACACAUUAAUAUUCACUCAAGCUGUACCAUUUAUUUUAGUUUGCAUAUAUUUCAUUGUUUUAAUUUAAUAUAAUGUAUUGAGUCUAAUAGACUGUUUUUCAAUAAUUAGAAUAAAAGAUUUUCUUCUAAUCAGAGAUGCAUAACAGCUAUUAUCUAGGGGACCACCAAAUGUGAUUUCAGAAUUUCGUUAACUAUUACAAAUAUAAUCCUUAUAUAGAAAUUUUAAUUUUGUAAAGUAGUGUAUAAUAUUGUAACAUUAAAUUCUUGUUUUCAGAUUCAAAUAUGUAUUGAUCUUCAAUGUGCUGUGUUAAAUCUUGCUUCUCUUAAAUGUUAGAGACAAGAUUUGUCUUCCUUUUUACAGUUUGUAAUUUUCACUGUUUUAUUCCUGUAAAAAAAAAAAGUCAUUUGUAACCCAUGCAAAUAAUCGUUUGAACUGUGCUAACUUAUCAAUUUGGCUAUUCAAUAAAGUUAAUUGAACGAA